AUGCUAGAGCUGGAACCGCUAGAGCUGGAACUGCUACAGAUUGAACUGCUACAGCUGGAACUGCUAAAGCUUGAACUGCUGGAGAUUGAACUGCUAGAGCUUGAUCGGCUAGAGGUGGAACUGCUACAGAUUGAACUGCUAGAGCUGGAACUGCUAGAGCUGGAGCAGCUAAAGCUGGAACUGCUUGAGCAUGAAAUGCUCGAGCUGGAACUGGUACAGCUUGAGCAGCUAAAGCUUGAACUGCUUGUCAUUGAACUGCUAGAGCUGGAACUGCAAGAGCUUGAGCUCCUAGAGCUGGAAUUGCUAGAGCUGGAACGUAUAGAGCUUGAAGUGCUAGAGCAGGAACUGCUAGAGCUGGAACUGCUAGAGAUUGAGAAGCUAGACUGGAAAUGCUAA